UGCCACCUGACACUUGACAGUACAUUAUUCACCAUAACGCUGUGAUUAAAACUUGUAAAUAAAUAGAUGUUCUUAUAAAAAGUCCCGACUUUAAAUAAGUCCCCUGACAGUUCAGAAUUUAAUUUAAUCUGUUCCAUUAUUGUGCAUGAAGUGAAUAAUAACAACGAAAUGUUUUCAAAUCGUAUAAGACAAAAACUACAUCUGAAACAGUGGUGGUGAUAAAAGUUUUUAUCUAAAUAAAGAUAAUUAAAAAUGCAGUGGCGAUGGGAAUUUAUGUGCGGUCCUCAGGGACUAAGACCAUGGAACGACGUAACAAAAGACUUUGGACAAUGCUUCCAGGAAUUAUUUAUUCAAAUACCAGUCUUUUUUAUUAUUGCCAUCAUAUCAGGUUUUUAUGUAGGAUAUAGAAAAGAUUGGGUGGUACGCGAAAAGGCUCAAGAAAGGGCAAUAGUACUUCGAAGUUUUGUCGUGUUAGCGUUAGUGUUUAUCCCCAUUAUAGAGUUAUAUGUUGUGAUUACCAAACCUAACUCUGUUUUAUAUCCUGUAAACUACUUUACUGCUGGUGCAUCAUGUCUCGCGUGGUUGUUUCACUUCGGCUAUGUGUUGGCACUGAAACACAGAUUGGGACAAAGUGCUCGAGGACCCACUUCUCAGCUGUUAAUGUGGAGCUUAGCAGUAUUUGUGAAUGUGGUUGCGCUGCGGAGCAGUAUAAUAACUGGGAGCACUAUGAGUUUCAACAUUGCUACCAUGUGCUGCCACAUACUGUAUUUCAUGACACUUCUCCCAUCAAGUAACUCAAGGCCCACAUUCUAUUCACCAUGUCUAGUCGGUUCACAACAUACACAUAGUGAGUACACCCCCCUGCUGCCACACAUGGAUGAAGGUAUACUGGGGACUGCUAUGCAAGGAGCUGGUUGUCUAUCAAGGCUAGCAUUCUCAUGGGUUGACCCACUACUACAGAAAGGAUUCGAAAAUAAACUAAAUGAUCCAGAGGAACUGUUUGAUGUGCCAGCCAAGUAUUGUUGUUCUUAUGUGGGAGCACGGAUAGAUAGAGCACUAAUUGGUAAUGUUGACAACUACCAGCAGUAUGAAGAAGUGCCACAUGAACCCUUCAUAGGAUCAGGAUAUGGUGCAACAGGAGAAACGGCGCCACAAGCGUCUACCCCGGUGACGCCUACAACACGGGUACUAGUCCGUUCCCCGCGCCGCCAGAAUGUGACACUAUUGCGGGCUUUGCAUUCAUGUUUUGGCAUACAAUUCUACAGUAUUGGUAUACUCAAAUUAGUUUCCGACAUGGCAGGAUUUGCUGGUCCAAUCCUUCUCAAUUAUCUUAUCAAAUUCGUUGAAGAUGAAAGUAUUGAUCAACAUUUAGGUUACGUGUAUGCUGGAUCUCUACUAGGCGCUACUUUGAUAUCUGCCCUGUUUAAUGUGCACUUUAACUGGCUCAUGUCAAUUGUGGGUCUGAAGAUGCGCGGCGCUAUUGUUGCCACUAUACUGAGGAAGACGCUAAGUGUCACUUCCACAGAACUGAAUAACGUGUUCUCUAUUGGUGAGAUCACUAACUUCAUGUCGACUGAUACGGACAGAAUUGUAAAUUCGUGUCCAAGUUUUCAUGCAUUGUGGAGUAUACCUUUACAGCUCUUCAUAACAUUAUUCCUUCUGUACCAACAAGUCGGAAUAUCGUUCCUGGCUGGUGUGGCAUUCUCUGUUAUUCUGAUACCAAUUAACAAAAUCAUUGCCAAUAAAAUUGGACAACUCAGCACGGAAAUGAUGAAACACAAGGACUCUCGUGUCAGCUUAAUAAGUGACCUGCUGAAGGGUAUAAGAACAGUCAAGGUUCAUGUUUGGGAAGACUACUUCAUAAAUCGAGUGUCAGAGGCGCGAGGUCAAGAAUUACGAUAUCUGCGCGGCCGCAAGUAUCUGGACGCGAUAUGUGUGGUCCUAUGGGCGACUACGCCAGUGCUCGUAGCCGCCUUCACACUAGGCACACACUCGCUUAGAGGACUACCUCUUGAUGCGCCUACAGUUUUCACCACAGUAGCUCUAAUCAACAUGUUAAUCGCACCACUGAAUGCCUUCCCAUGGGUAUUGAACGGGCUGACGGAGGCAUGGGUGUCUAUAAAACGUAUACAAAAGUUGUUGGAUCUUCCAGAUAUGGACGCCGAACUUUACUAUGACCGUCUCAAUAAGAACCAUGAUGAAGAUAAAGUAAUAAUAUUCAAGAACGCCACAUUCUCGUGGGCUAAACCUUCAAAGAGGAAGAGGCCACCAAAGAAAUCUAAGAAAAAUAAGGGGAAGUCUAAAAAGAGACUGUCUAGGGGCAAUAUUCAAAGGCGGGAUUCAACAUCUUCAUCUGAGCAGUUGAUCCAGGAUGAGCCUUUCAUGUUGAAAGAUAUUUCUUUAGAAAUUGGUAACGAAGAGUUAAUCGGAGUGACUGGCGCCGUCGGCAGUGGGAAAACCUCACUACUACAUGCUAUCAUUGGUGAUAUGAUUAAGAAAAGCGGUUACUUACAAAUACCUGAGAAUCUCACCAGUUUUGGAUACGUGUCCCAGAAGCCCUGGCUAAUACGUGGUACAAUCCGCGAUAAUAUACUGUUCGGCAAACCAUAUGAAGAAGCUAAGUUCAGAAAUGUAGUUGAUGCCUGUGCACUUACCGAGGACUUAAACAUUAUCGGAUGGAACGCCUACGUGGGCGAAGGUGGUUGUACGUUGAGCGGUGGACAGCGGGCGCGCAUUGCACUGGCGCGGGCAGUGUACCAGGAUAAACAAGUGUACCUGCUGGACGAUGUACUGGCCGGCGUGGACGGGGCGGUGGCGGCGCACAUAAUGCAGCGCUGCAUACUGGGCCUGCUGCGACACACCACGCGGAUAUUCGUGGCGCACUCUCCCAGGCAUCUCGCGCGCACCUCGUACACUCUGCUCAUGGAGGACGGCCGCAUACUACGGCAAGGUCCCCCUGAAACUGUACUAAAUGAAAUCGAAGAGUUUCUGCCGAGUGAGUCGGAGUCCCUGGGAGAAGAACCGCCGCGGGCACCGGAACCCGAACAGGAUAACAACGAUACAGUCAGCAGGAACAGCUUGGAUGACGAGGAAUCAAUGUCGCAGGGAACUGUUGGCUGGUGGGUCAUUGGCUUGUACCUACGGUCGGUGGGAGCGUUCCUCUCAGUCACUAUUAUACUUUCCUUAGUUCUCAUGCAACUAUCACAAAACUUUACCUUCCUUUGGCUAACGUACUGGGUCAAGAACAGGACUAAAAACUCAACCACACUCGAAGAUACCGAGUUUCUAGAACAUCCCACGGAAAAGACAAACAUUCUGGAUCAUGGAGUCUUGGCUAUAGACAACGUUAUACAUACCAUCAUAAAUGCAACAAGAAUGCUUCUAGAAAAUAAAAAUGUUGAAAAUACGACUUCCCAGCAAGGGCCACCAGUGGAACAACUGCUACAAGACUUGAAAGCAAAUGUGACGCCGACUUACACAGAUAAUUUUUAUUUGGAAGUAUAUUUUGGAUUGGCGGGACUAAAUUUAGUGUUCACGAUAAUGCGAGCCUUCCUGUUCGCUUAUGGCGGCGUGAAAGCAGCUACAAGAAUUCACAAGGUCCUACUUAAAGUCAUUAUCAAAGCGAAAGUGAAGUUCUUCGAUAUAACACCACUGGGUCGUAUCGUGAACAGAUUCUCAUCAGAUACUUACACAGUGGAUGACUCGUUGCCAUUUAUAUUGAACAUUUUGUUAGCUCAAACAUUUUCAUUAAUUGGCGCGGUGGCGGUGACGCUGUACGGGCUGCCGUGGCUGGUGGUGUGCGUGGUGCCGCUGACCUUCGUGUACUACCGCCUGCAGCGCCUCUACCGCGUCACCUCGCGACAACUCAAGCGGCUGCAGAGCGUCACGCUCUCGCCCGUCUACACGCACUUCAGUGACACGCUAGAUGGGCAGCAGACGGUGCGCGCGCUGGGCGCGGGCGGCGCGUGGUGCGCGCGCGGCGCGGAGCUGGUGGAGGCGUGGCAGCGCGCGGCGCUGGGCGCGGGCGCGGCCGCCGCCUGGCUGGCGCUGCGCCUGCAGGCCGCCGCCGCCGCCGUCGUGGCCGCCGCCGCGCUGCUCGCCGUGCUGCAGCGGACCGUGCACGCCGCCGACCCAGGACUCAUCGGUCUCGCCAUUUCCUACGCGUUGUCAAUGACGUCCAUGCUGAGCAACUUGCUAAACUCGUUUACGGAAACUGAACGAGAAAUGAUAGCCGUGGAGCGCGUCGGCGAGUACAUCAAGACGGUGGAAAGUGAACCUAUAGACGGUGACUCCCCGCCAUACGGCUGGCCUUCACAAGGUGUUAUAGAAUUUGAAGAUGUUUUCCUGAAAUAUAGCGGUCGUGAGAAUGGUGUUAUGGCCUUGAAUGGCGUGUCAUUCUCGACGCAUCCUGGCGAGAAGCUUGGCGUGGUGGGUCGCACGGGAGCAGGGAAGAGCUCUCUCCUCACUGCACUGCUUCGCCUUGCACCACUCGCCCGAGGACGGAUUUUAAUUGAUGGAGUCGACAUCUCGAAACUGCACUUACACUCACUCAGGUCCCGUAUAGGCGUGAUCCCGCAGGAGCCGUUCAUAUUCUCGGGCAGCCUGCGCGACAACGUGGACCCGCUGGGCCAGUACCUGGACGCGGAGCUGUGGCGCGCGCUGGACGCGUGCGGCGCGCGCGACCUCGUGCACGCGCGCGGCGGACUGCACGCGCCCGCCGCGCAGGCACUGCUGUCGCGCGGCCACGCGCAGCUACUCUGUGUAGUCAGGGCCUUACUGCACCGACCGAAGAUACUGCUAGUAGACGAGGCGACGGCUAACUUGGACAACGAAGCGGAGCGUCAGAUCCUGGACGCCAUCCGCUGCUCGUUCGGAGGGUCGAGCGUGGUACUGGUGGCGCACCGCCUGGCCGGCGUGCUGCAGUGCGCGCGCGUGCUCGUGCUGGCGGCGGGCCGCGCCGCCGACCUGCGCGCGCCCGACGACGCGCUGGCAGACCACUCCUCGCACCUCUACCAGCUCGUCUACGGCUCGUAGGCUGCACACUCCCGACACGACAUUAAGGCAUGGAGCAACUAGCAUCUAACAUUCACGUGUCGCCUAGUUGCUGUAGUAAGACUGAAAGACCAUCCAGAAACGAAAUGUACAAGGGUGAAUGCAUUUUUUGUACCAAAAUAUAUCAUUAUUUAUGUCUAAAACUAUUACAUCGGUUUGUGUUCUAUUACUUAAGUCCCAAAAUGUGUUUUGACAAAACACUGUUUGUUGUCGGAAUCAAAAAUUUCACUGCAAGUGCUAUUUUUGUUUCUUAAGCAAUGUAAUUGUUUAUAAGUAAAUGCGUAUUAUUGACUCGGACUGAAAGAAAAUUAAAAUGUGUACUGUUAAUAUUUAGAUAAGUGAGGUACACACAUUCCUAUUGUUUUCAAAAUUUUCAUCCAUGUUCUUCCCUGAAAACUUCUAAAUCAUCUAAACUGGAUGAAUGUAAUUAUUAAGUUUAUAUCUAUAAAUAAUACUACAAUAAUGAUAAAAACUUGCCAAUUCUUAUGAAUUUGUUUCUGUAUAAUUGACAGAUUGAUAUGUAAAUGUUUUGACUGAUCAAAAAGGUUAGACAUAUUGAUUGCUGUGCCGAUAUUUCUUUUAUUUUCUAUGAAGUAUUCCUUUUAUUUUAAGUAUAAGUAAGAUAAAAGAAAUUAUUUUUAUAAUUAAUGCAUGACUAAAGGUAGACUGAACGUAUUUGAUAAAAUGUCAAAUAAAUUGAAGAAUAAGAGGAUUAGAAUAUUUGCUAUGUAUAAAAUACCUUGUGGUUAAAAUGGAAUGUAUAUUUGUGACAUGGUAAAUAACAAUAUCUUCGCCUCGGCAGGGUCUCAGGGUCAGUUGCGAUACGUAAUCAGCCGUAGUGGGCUGAAGAAAGCGCCCGAAACUUGAUUUUUCUGCGAACAAUUACUAAUUUAUAUAAAAGUCAUUACUCAUUGCUAGUACUCUUCCCAGCUAGAUUAUAAGCAGUCAGUCACGCAUACUAUGCUAUGUUUAAUUAAAUAAGGCUGUAUUAAAACAAAAUGCUAUACACGAUAAGUUAAGAUGACCUUUUCGUGUUUAAAAGCAUAUCAAAUGAGUAACAAUAGAAGAUAAAGUCGAGUUUUGUGAUAUUGUACCUUAGACUUAUGUAUAUAAUUUUCAAUUUAAUAAUGUUUUACCUAAUUAGUUAUUUUAUAGAUACAUAAAUUAUUGUCCUUGUUAAUUUUUUUGCAAAGUCAUAUUGUUAUGAUCUUAAAUUACGUGUAUAAUCUUGAAGUAUAAUAAGUAUUAAAUGAUUUUUCGAUUAAAUGGAAUUACAUAAAAA